UCGGCGAGACUCGAGCUUCUGUUGCGCGCUGCGAAGUGAGGCUCCAGCUCCCACGGCAUGGCUGAGAAGCGGCACGGAGAGGACACCCAGGCCCGACGGCUCCCCGAUUCCUUCAAUGAUAGCCCGAAUAAAGGCCUUGGACCUUGUGGAUGGAUUUUAGUGGUUGCAUCAUUCUUAUUCACACUUAUAACUUUCCCAAUAUCGGUAUGGAUGUGCAUAAAGAUUAUAAAAGAAUAUGAAAGAGCCAUCAUCUUUAGAUUGGGUCGCAUUUUACAAGGAGGAGCCAAAGGACCUGGUUUGUUUUUCAUCCUGCCCUGCACUGACAGCUUCAUCAAGGUGGACAUGAGGACCAUCUCGUUUGACAUUCCUCCUCAGGAGAUCCUCACUAAGGAUUCCGUGACUAUCAGCGUGGAUGGUGUGGUGUACUACCGCGUUCAGAAUGCAACCCUGGCCGUGGCAAAUAUCACCAACGCAGACUCUGCCACCCGUCUGUUGGCCCAGACUACUCUCAGGAAUGUUCUAGGCACCAAGAACCUUUCUCAGAUCCUCUCUGACAGAGAAGAAAUCGCCCACAACAUGCAGUCUACCUUGGAUGAUGCCACAGAUGACUGGGGAAUCAAGGUGGAGCGUGUGGAAAUUAAGGACGUGAAGCUGCCCGUGCAGCUCCAGAGAGCUAUGGCUGCAGAGGCAGAAGCAGCCCGGGAGGCCAGAGCCAAGGUGAUUGCAGCUGAGGGAGAAAUGAAUGCAUCCAGAGCUUUGAAAGAAGCCUCCAUUGUCAUCACCGAGUCUCCUGCAGCCCUUCAACUCCGGUACCUUCAGACUCUGACCACCAUUGCUGCUGAGAAGAACUCCACCAUCGUCUUCCCUCUGCCCAUCGAUAUGUUGCAAGGCAUCAUGGGGGCAAAGCACUGAGUCAAGAGGUGCUAGGGGAGAGAUUGGCUGUAUGCUUCCAAGGAUAAAGUGGGACCAAAUUAGCUUUCAGCUCACAAGGAAAGAGAGUAGGGCAGGGAACCUUGCAUAUCCUCCCGCCCUUUCCUUUUCAAUAUGUUGAAUGUGGAGCUUUUAGAAUGUAUAGUGGUCAUAAAAACAGAUGAAAGAAUCGUUAGCUUUGGGGUUGGGGUUCUGCUCAGGGGUAGAGUACUUGCAUAGCAUUCCUGAAUCCCUGAGUUUGAUCUGAGGAAGGGAUAGGUGGCAAAGAAUUGUUAGUUUGUAAAUACUGAAAGAGAAAGAUUGAUUAUAUAUAAUAUACAUAUAUAUGACAAUCUCCUAAAUCUUCAAAAUAUUUUAAGAGUUUGUAUUUUUAGAUCAUUUUGUAAUAGAUUCAGUUUCUCCUCUUUUGGAUUUUCAUUCAGCAGCCAGGCCAAGAGCAAGAACACAGAGUAAACUGCCAUCCGACUCUCCUGGCUUGAUUAGUGCUUUGCAGAAAAUUAUGACUUGGGCUAUGGACAGCUUCUUUGGGCCAUCUGUGCCUUAUCUCCAUGGUUUCUUAAGCAUGAUUUCAUCUUUCUCAUGUCCAUUUCCUUGCUAAACCCAAACCAUGUUUCAGAUAAUCCUCAGUGAAUAGGCCCUUUCUUGCCAGGAACCUGUCAGAACUACGGGAAAUGAUAACAAUCACCCCAACCUUUCAAAGACUUAAAUUCACUGUUGUGGUGGGCCUUUUGAAAAUAACAAGUACAUUUUUUUCAGUUCUCUGAGCCUCCUUUUAUGAGUAAACAACUCUCUAUGAUCUGCCUUUCAAGCCAGCUAAAUACUUUUCAUAAAAGUGCUUUUCUCACCUUGCCGAUUUUUUUCAUAUGUCAGGUUUUGGAUAGUUUUGACAUUUUAUUACAAUGUUUUCCGAGUUCUCUGAGUUUUAUAAACAAUUGUUAUAUAUCCCUCUGAAUAGCUUAAGGACUAAAACACUUUAAAAAAAAAGUAUCUUCAGAGGACCAUUAUAUUUCAAUCACCGCAUGCUACAAACUAUUACAGGCUCUGGGAUAUCUUGGUUACUUAUUCCAUUAAUAAGGAGCAUAAGCAACUCAUAAUACAGUGGACAUGUAAUGUGUGACAAUCUUGGGAAGACACUGGUGAAUUUAGGGUGUCUACAGAGAUGUAGAAGCUGAUGUGGAAAGAAGAAGUGGAGAGAGAGCUGGUGUAGACCACAGUUUCUUAGUCUGUAAUACUAGGAAGCCUCUUCUGUUUUGCAAAUACCUGUGAGUCUGUGUCACCUGGCCUCUUCCCUCCUAGCCUGGAGCGCUAGCUGCUGACAUUUGCAGCACUUCCUCUUUGAGGCUCUCAGUUCACCCCAGGUCUAAAUAUAAGUCAUCUAUUCCCGGUAGCACUGUCUGUAUCUGCCCUUAACCCUAAGCUGAAUCACUGUCAAUCCCAGCCUGUGUGUCCCUUCCUGUCUUGUCUACCCCAUUUCUGAGCUCAUUUUAGAAAAACCAGUUUGCUGGUGGAGAUGACUAGCAGUUAUGGCGCAUUUCAACUAGGGACUCAAGUUACACUUAUAUUUUGAACUUGAAUAUAUUUUCUUCAAGUCCUGUUUUUUUGUGCAGUAAAGUGGCUCACGCAUGCUGACUAAGGAUCAGGAAAUGUCAUAUCCGGGUGAAUAACAGUGCUCCAGGUUCCAUGUGUCUUCCUCUUCAGGUAUUGAAUGCCCGCCUUUUUGCGUCUUGUGAAUUCCUAGUUCAGUAGGCUGAAGUUCAGUGGCGGGAGGCAGCCCUCCAGGCUGGAGGUGUACUGGUGCGGGGUGCCACUUGCCUCCCCUUCCAACAACGCAGAAUAAAGCAUGUGCACUGGAA